AUGAAAUAUCAAUUAAUAAAUCAGAGUAAAGAAUUGCCUUUUGAAAUUAAGGAUGAAGUUAAUAUUAAUGAAGACACUCGCUAUCGUUAUCGUUAUUUAGAUUUGCGUCGGCCAAGCAGCAAAAAACUUUUGCUUAUUAAAAAUCAGUUCUUAUAUGAAAUGAGAAAUUUCCUUCAUAAAAAAGAGUUCGUGGAAGUUGAAACCCCGAUUUUGGCCCAAAGUUCUCCCGAAGGAGCUAAGUGUUUUGUGGUUCCAUCUAAUUUGAAAAAUCGCUAUUACACCUUGCCUCAAUCCGCUCAAAUAUUUAAGCAGUUGCUAAUGAUGAGUGGGUUUGCCCGGUACUACUCAAUAGCCAAAAGUUUCCGCAAUGAGGAUGCUCGCCGUAAUCGGCAAAUUGAAUUCUCACAAUUAGAAUUAGAAAUGAGUUUUGUCUCCGCCCAGCAAAUUAAAAAUUUCGUGGAAAAAUUACUGAAAAAUGUUUUGAAAAAAGUUUUUGGUUGCCAAUUAAAAACUCCUUUUCCCACUUUAACCUAUCAGCAAGUAAUGAAAAGAUAUGAGUCUAAAAAAUACGAACCAUUUCGGCAUCCUUUCACUAUUCCUCAAAAAAAGUAUGUUAAACCUUUGUUAAAUAACAAAAUUAAGCCAGAAAAAAUAAUUUGUGAGGCUUUUGACCUAAUCUGUAAUGGGGAAGAGAUAUUAAGUGGUAGUGUCCGUAUUCAUCAAGCCAAAUUGCAAGAAAAAGUAUUAGAAAUAUUAGGGUAUGAUGAGGAAAAAAGAACAAAAAAUUUUGGCUACUUCUUACAAGCCUUAGAAUUUGCCGCUCCACCUCACGGAGGGAUAGGAUUAGGAAUUGACCGCUUACUAGCCACAAUUUUGCAAAUUAAAAGUUUAAAAGAACUAAUUGCUUUUCCUAAAAAUAUUGAUGGCACUUGCUCUUUAACCGGAGCACCUGAUUUGAUUAAACAGUCGGGUUAA